CAGCGCUGGAUUCCAAGAGACCGCUCGGAUGGAGAUUUAAAACUCGACAGAGCCAUGACUGUCCAGAAGAGCAGACGGAGGGACGCGAGCGCGUGUCAUAAUUAACACCCUGUUAAUGCCGGUGUGCUAAUGAGAAAAACAAGACAACAACUCAAGUGGAGCAACACUAAAAACAGCUGAUGAGGAGCUGCAAGAAGAAGAAGAUAAGAUUUGACAAAGUAUGGCUGCACCUGAUUUUUUAGACCCCAAAUCAGCCACACACAACACCAAACCACGGUUGUCUUUCUCCUCCAAGCCCAUUGCAUUCAACUCGGAGGAUGAUUGUGACACCAUAACCACCGUAAUGAAGUGGAAAACAGUAUUGGCGAUUUUCCUGCUGGUAGUUCUGUACCUGAUCAUUGGAGCCACAGUCUUCAAAGCCCUGGAACAGCCCCAGGAGAGCUCGCAGAAGUACCUCAUCACAAGUGAGAAAAUUAACUUCCUCUCCAGGCAUGCCUGUGUCAACGUGUCUGAGCUGGAGGACCUGGUCAAGAAAGUGGUGUUAGCUAUCCGUGCAGGGGUGAAUCCCUCAGGUAACCUGUCCUAUGAGAGCAGUAUGUGGGACAUCAGCAGCUCCUUCUUCUUUGCAGGGACUGUCAUCACCACUAUAGGGUUUGGAAACGUCUCUCCACACACAAAGGGUGGCAGGAUCUUUUGCAUUAUCUACGCCCUGCUGGGGAUUCCACUCUUUGGGUUCCUCUUGGCUGGAGUGGGCGAUCAGCUGGGAACCAUAUUCGGCAAAGGAAUUGCCAAAGUGGAAAAGAUGUUUGUGAAAUGGAAUGUGAGCCAAACUAAAAUCCGUGUGACAUCCACAGUCCUGUUCAUCCUGUUUGGAUGCCUGCUCUUUGUGGCCAUCCCUGCCCUCAUCUUCCAGCAUAUUGAAGACUGGAGUGCUUUGGAGGCUAUCUACUUUGUUGUCAUCACAUUAACCACUAUUGGAUUUGGGGACUUUGUGGCAGGAGGGUCCGAGAUUGAGUAUCUGGAAUAUUAUAAGCCAAUUGUGUGGUUCUGGAUCCUGGUGGGUCUAGCCUACUUCGCUGCAGUUCUCAGUAUGAUUGGAGACUGGCUUCGAGUCAUCUCCAAGAAAACCAAAGAGGAGGUUGGAGAGUUCCGUGCUCACGCUGCAGAAUGGACGGCCAAUGUGUCAGCAGAAUUCAAAGAAACAAGGCGCCGUCUAAGCGUGGAAAUUUACGACAAAUUUCAGCGGGCGGCAUACAUCAAACGCAAGCUGUCGUCAGAGCUAGAUCAAAAUCCAGGUCAGGACAUGAUGCCAUGCAAGAGGACCCUGUCCGUUAACUUAACAGAUGAACUGGAGAAAGAACCACCCCUGACUCUGACCAAAAAUGGCAGCCUCUACCUGAACGGUCUUACCCUAGAGUGCCAUGAUCGGGGCGAGAUCUCCAUUAUUGAACAUCUCAAAUAAGCCAAAGAACUUGAGCCUCAGAUGCCCAUAGAAACAGUAAUAUACAGUUGUGCUCAAAAGUUUGCACACACUUGGAGAAUUGGUAAUAUAUGUACCAUUUUGAAAGAAAACAUGAGUGAGCAGGCAAAACACAUUUCUUUUAUUUCUUAUGGGAUACAUAUUCAACUGUAUGUUAUAACAGAAUGGCACAAUCAUAAAACAAAACAUGGCAACAAAGAAAAAAAUGAAAUGACCCCUGUUCAUAAGUCUACAUACCCUUAGUUCUUAAUACUGUGUAUUGCCCCCUUUAGCAUCAAUGACAGCGUGCAGUCUUUUGUAAUAGUUGUCUAUGAGGCCCCAAAUUCUUGCAGGAGGUAUAGCUGCCCAUUCAUCUUGGCAAAAUGCCUCCAGGUCAUGCAAAGUCUUUGGUCGUCUUGCAUGAACCGCACGUUUGAGAUCUCCCCAGAGUGGCUUGAUGAUAUAAAGGCCAGGAGACUGUGAUGGCCACUCCAGAACCUUCACCUUUUUCUGCUGUAACCAUUGGAGGGUCAACUUGGCCUUGUGCUUAGGGUCAUUGUCGUGCUGGAAAGUCCAAGAGUGUCCCAUGCGUAGCUUUUGUGCAGAAGAAUGCAAAUUGUCUGCCAGUAUAUUCUGAUAACAUGCUGCAUUCAUCUUGCCAUCAAUUUUAACAAGAUUCCCCGUGCCUUUAGAGCUCACACACUCCCAAAACAUCAGUGAGCCACCACCAUGCUUCACAGUGGGGAUGGUAUUCUUUUCACUAUAGGCCUUGUUGACCCCUCUCCAAACAAAGCGCUUAUGGUUGUGACCAUAAAGCUCUAUUUUUGUCUCGUCACUCCAAAUUACAGUGUGCCAGAAGCUGUGAGGUGUGUCAAGGUGUUGUCGGGCAUAUUGUAACCAGGCUUUUUUGUGGCAUUUGCACAGUAAAGGCUUCUUUCUGGCAACUCGACCAUGCAGCUCAUUUUGUUCAAGUAUUGUCGUAUUGUGCUCCUUGAAACAACCACACCAUCUUUUUCCAGAGCAGCCUGUAUUUCUCCUGAGGUUACCUGUGGGUUUUCCUUUGUAUCUCGAACAAUUCUUCUGGCAGUUUUGGCUGAAAUCUUUCUUGGUCUACCUGACCUUGGCUUGAUAUCAAGAGAUCCUACAUUUUUCCACUUCUUAAUAAGUGAUUGAACAGUACUGACAUGCAUUUUCAAGGCUUUGGAUAUCUUUUUAUAUCUUUUUCCAUCUUUAUAAAUUUCCAUUACCUUGUUACGCAGGUCUUUUGACAGUUCUUUUCUGCUCCCCAUGGCUCAGUAUCUAGCCUGCUCAGUGCAUCCAUGUGAGAGCUAACAAACUCAUUGACUAUUUAUACACAGACACUAAUUGCAAUUUAAAAAGCCACAGGUGUGGGAAAUUAACCUUUAAUUGCCAUUUAAACCUGUGUGUGUCACCUUGUGUGUCUGUAACAAGGCCAAACAUUCAAAGGUAUGUAAACUUUUGAUCAGGGCCAUUUGGGUGAUUUCUGUUGUCAUUAUGAUUUAAAAAGGAGCCAAACAACUAUGUGAUAAUAAAUGGCUCCAUAUGAUCACUAUCCUUAAAUAAAAGACAGUUUUUUUUGCAUGAUCAGUCAUAUUUUCAAAAUCAAAGCCAAAAUUUCACAAUUUCAGCAAGGGUAUGCAAACUUUCGAGCACAACUGUGUGUGUGUGUGUGU